AUGUCUGGUCGUGGAAAGGGAGGAAAGGGUUUGGGAAAAGGAGGAGCCAAGCGUCACAGGAAGGUUCUCAGAGACAACAUCCAAGGUAUCACCAAACCUGCUAUUCGUCGUUUAGCUCGUAGAGGAGGUGUUAAGAGAAUUAGCGGUUUGAUCUACGAAGAGACACGUGGCGUCCUCAAGAUAUUCUUGGAGAAUGUUAUCCGUGAUGCAGUUACUUACACAGAGCACGCGAGGAGGAAGACGGUGACGGCUAUGGAUGUGGUUUAUGCUCUCAAGAGGCAAGGAAGAACUCUCUAUGGAUUCGGCGGUUAAGAAAAAUUAAGACUUUUAAGGGUGUUUUAGGGCUUUGCUAGCAUAAUCGUCUGAUUCGGUCUUUUACUUUUGCGUUUGCGUUGUAAUGUUGUUAUGUGAUAAAUAAAUAUAUUCAGUUGCGUUUAAUGAUAAAAGUGGCGUUCGCGUUUGGAAUUUUAGUGAUUU